AUGCAGGACAGUGAGCUGUUGUCUCCAGGGAUCAUCAUUAACUGUAGCGGCUCGGGCAGCAGCAGUAACGCCGCUCUGUCUCUAGAGGGCAGUCGUCACCUGAGCCGUAGCAACAUCGACAUCCCUCGCUGCAGCGCUGCAGACGAACACAAGAAGCAGCUGCCGCGCAAACGCAGCGACUCGUCCACAUACGAGAUCGACACCAUCAAACAACACCAGGCCUUCCUCAGCAGUCUUCACUCCAGUGUUCUGCGCACUGACCCGGCCUCUCGGCGCUCCAGCAGCAGCACUAUGCUGGAAGGUGGCGGCGCUCUGGGAAAGUUUGACUUCGAGGUCUCCGACUUCUUCCUGUUCGGCUCUCCGCUCGGCCUGGUGCUGGCGCUGAGGAAGACCGUCGUGCCCACGCUGGACGUGUGUCACCUGCGUCCAGCGUGUCAGCAGGUGUAUAAUCUCUUCCACCCGGCCGACCCGUCUGCCUCCCGUCUGGAGCCGCUGCUGGAGAAGCGCUUCCACCUCAUGCCUCCGUUCAGCGUUCCCCGAUACCAGCGCUUCCCUCUGGGGGACGGCCAGUCUGCACUGCUGGUGGAAACCGUCCAGAGUAACCCUCACCUCCUGUUGGAGAGUGUGAGCUGUGCUGCGCAGCGCUGUCCUGAUGGCAUCAGUGAGACCUCCAUCCCCGUCCCUGUGCUCAACUGGCAGAACAGCGCGCCCGCCACCGCCGAGACGGACGUCAUGCAGUCUCACGGCCUCAUGUUUUCCGAGCACUCGAACCCGUCGUCUCCGGCGGCCAUUCCAGCGUUUCGAGGAGCGCGGCGGGCCAGCGAGACCAGCAUCGCCAGCCAGGUGUCAGGACUCGCAGACAGCUACACCGCUAGCAACAUCGCUAACAUUGCGUCGCGCUGGUGGGGGACGAAGCGUGUGGACUUUGCGCUGUACUGUCCGGAUGCGCUGACAGCGUUCCCCACCGUGGCUCUGCCUCACCUCUUCCACGCCUCAUACUGGGAGUCCACCGACGUCGUGUCCUUCCUGCUGCGCCAGGUGAUGAGACAUGAGAACUCCAGUAUCUUGGAGCUGGAUGGGAAGGAGGUGUCAGAGUUCACUCCGUCCAAACCGCGAGAGAAGUGGAUGAGGAAGAGGACGCAUGUGAAGAUCAGGAAUGUGACGGCGAACCACCGCGUCAAUGAUGCUGUGUUCACAGAGGAUGGGAAUCAGGUGGUCACGGGACGCUUCAUGUACGGCCCGCUGGACAUGGUCACGCUGACAGGAGAGAAGGUGGACGUGCACAUCAUGACGCAGCCUCCGUCAGGUGAGUGGGUGUACUUCAGCACAGAGCUGACCAACAGCAGCGGCCGCGUCUUCUACGAGAUCCCCGACAGCAAACGCCUGAGCAUAGGAGUGUAUCCUGUGAAGAUGGUGGUGCGGGGCGACCACACAUCUGCAGACAGCUAUCUGACGGUUCUCCCACGUGGAACAGAGUUUGUGGUGUUCAGCAUUGACGGCUCUUUCGCCGCCAGCGUCUCCAUCAUGGGCAGCGACCCCAAAGUGCGAGCCGGAGCGGUGGAUGUGGUCAGGCACUGGCAGGAUCUGGGUUACCUGAUCGUGUAUGUGACGGGCCGGCCGGACAUGCAGAAGCAGAGGGUGGUGGCGUGGCUGUCGCAGCAUAAUUUCCCGCAUGGGAUCGUGUCGUUCUGCGAUGGACUGGUGCACGACCCGCUGCGACACAAGGCCAACUUCCUGAAGACCCUCGUCACAGAGGCUCAUAUGAAGAUCUUCGCUGCUUACGGCUCCACCAAGGACAUCUCUGUGUACACGUCACUCGGCCUGCCGCCGGCGCAGAUCUACAUCGUGGGCCGACCCACCAAGAAGAUGCAGCACCAGUGCCAGUUCAUCACGGAUGGAUACGCAUCUCACCUGUCCCAGCUGGAGUAUAAUCAGAGAUCCAGACCCGCCAAGACCGGCAGCACCCGCAUGGUUCUGCGCAAGGGCAGCUUCGGACUGGGCAGCGGAGACUUCCUGCGGAAGAGGAACCACCUGCUGCGCACCAUCUCCAGCCAGCCCACGCCCUCCACACCGCUGCCGGGGGCCCGACCAGAGCGUGCCCAGAGCCAGUCGGAGUGUGACCGCGAGCGGGCCGAGCGCGCACAGAGGAGUAUGAGCAUCGCCGCCGGCUGCUGGGGGCGGAGCACCAAACUGGAGGGCGGAGCCUUGAGCCCCAAAUAGGCUCCACCCACUGCCCCGCCCCUCCUCGAGUCGCGCAGGACAGUGUGACCGCAGACUCACCACUGCUGCAUGGAGACCUUCAUUUCAGUCCGGCACACACACCUGAUCCAGAAGCCCCGAGCGGGUCAGGGGCCACGCCCACCAAUCACUGAGUGUGUGUGUGUGUGUGUGUGUGCACGAACCCUCCUCACCUGUGUGUGUAUGAACAGGUGUGUGUGACUCCUCUGAAUUGCUCAGGACAGCCAUGAACAGAGGAGCACACAAACACACACACACACACACACACACACAGCCGUCCAAAUAAGCUCCAGCACACACACCUGAACUAUCAACACACAACCCUUUACUAGCUGCAAUACCUGCAACCGCCUGCAGGGACACACACACACACAUGCUGAACACACCAUACACACCCCCCACCGCUGUUCUGCCCACGCCUGAGCCUACACACACAGCUGUAAACACACUCCACACACACACGCUGGACACACCAAACACACCAAAUCUGACUCAAACAUGCUGAAAACACACCACACACACUGAACACCUCACUCAUAUGCUGGACACACCACACACACACACAUAUACGCCAUCCUCAUGCUGAACACACACACACACGCGCGCUCGCCAUUCUCUGAUGGAGUCACAUGACCAUGCUGGAGUCACAUGACCAUGAGCACAUGCCAAUCAUCUCUGCCACACCUGCGCAGCUGUGUAAGAAACAAACACACACACACACACCUGCGUGGCGAGCGCAGCAGCUGAAGCGUGGUGUGUCCUCAUGUUUCCAGGUUUGUCCACGUCUCUUCAUGCUUUUAGUUUUUAAUGCAGCUUUUAUGAAGACUGGAAGAGCCGAGCGGACCCCUGACCCCUGACCCCUGACCCCCGCAGGUCACCUGUAGAUACUGUAUAGAGACUGUAAAUCAGACUGUACCGCAGACGUCACGCUCAGAGUUUAUUUAUUAGUGUAGUGGGAGGAGCCGGUGGACAUCUGAGCUCUCAAACUGACCAAUGAGGCGCCUCCGUCUGCGUAACCAUAGAGACAGUGUUUCUGUAGCAGAGCUGAAGGACAAUCAUCCAGCAGCGCGCACACACACACACACACACACACACACACAUGAAGUGUGGACCACUGGCUGAUCUGAAUGUGGACCACUGAACUACAGCCACAGUCUGGACACUGCUGAUAACUGUUCAAUCAUCACACACACACACACACACACACACACACACACACACAUAUACAGACACAGAUACACACACAGAGAGAGAGAAACACACACAUACAGACACAUAUUCAAUACACACAGAGAUACACACUCCCUGACACACACAUUCUCUCAGAUGUGCACACAAACACACACACAUUCAAACAUACACAGGGAAAGACACAUACACACUUUCUCACACACAAAAGGCACACACUCCCGACAAACAUUCCUUCAGUCGCGCACACAAACACAGAGAGAGACACACACACACACACUAAUGCACACAUUAUCCAACACACACUCACACACUUUCCCUCUCUCACACUCUCACGGUCAUACUAACACACACACACACACACACACACACACUUACACACAC